UCUCCCUUUUCACUUUCAGUUCACUUCUGUAACUGAGAUGGACAUGAGAUAAUCUCCAUCGAGUCAAAAAAAAUGGCAUCUAGUCCUGACCUUCCCCACAGAGAUCAACAGGCUGCCUUGGGCAUUGACCAUCUCCAGGUGUCACUGCAAGCCAAACAGGAAGACACUCAGAAGAAAACCUUCACCUGCUGGAUAAAUUCACAGUUGGCCAAGCACACCUCUCCCUCAGUUAUAUCAGACUUAUUCGCAGACAUUAGAAAGGGGCAUGUCCUCUUGGAUCUGCUAGAAGUACUCUCAGGACAGCAGUUGCCUCGUGAUAGAGGAUCUAAUACACACCAGUGUAGACUCAAUAUAGAACAUGCUCUCAAGUUCCUAGAAAACCAAUCAGUCAAGCUAAUAAAUGUCCACGUUGCUGAUAUUAUAGAAGGAAACCCAUCCAUUAUUCUUGGACUAAUUUGGACAAUUAUACUGCACUUCCAUAUUGAGGAUCUUGCCCAGUCUGAUUCUUGCAAUUACAAUCAACCUUCCCCGGAUGAUAUGAGUGUGGCUGAUUCAUCUCCUACCUCAAGUCCUCCAGCAAAGAGAUGCCUCAAAGUCCAAGAGCGAUGGCAGUUGUCUGCAAAGAAAGUUCUUCUCUUGUGGGCUCAAGACAAAUGUGCCAGGUAUGAGUCUGUCAGUGUGACAGAUUUUAAGUCAAGCUGGAGAAACGGGAUGGCUUUUCUGGCUGUCAUUCAUGCCUUGCGACCAGACCUAAUUGACAUGAAGAGGAUGAAGCAUCGAUCCAACAAGGACAAUCUGAAAGAGGCCUUUGGAAUUGCAGAACGAGAAUUAAAAAUCCCCAAAUUGCUGGAUCCAGAAGACGUGGAUGUUGUUAACCCCGAUGAAAAGUCAAUCAUGACCUAUGUGGCACAGUUUCUGCAAUAUUCCAAGGAUGCUUCUCGGACUGGAGAUAUGACUCAGAGCAAGGUAAAAGACGCUAUGGCCUGGCUAACUCUGCAAGAGAAAAAGCUGCAGGAGGCACUGAAGGAGUCAGAAGGCAAGACCUACUUUAAAAAAUAUCAUAGCCUGACGUCCUAUAUGGAGUUAUUCAAUGAAGAAAAAGUACGCUUUCUGGAAGUACUGUCACUAAAAAGGGAUCAGCAGGAGCUGAAUGAAGAUGAAUUACACUUGAGAGAAGCCUGGGAUGGCCUCAACCAAAAGAUUAACUCGUGGAAAACAAACCUGAACGAUGCCUUGCCCUGGCCCCUCUGUGAAAUUGAAGCAUGGCUUCAGGAGGUCCAGGAGCUCAUGGAGGAAGAGUUACCAACCUCGCAGAAUUACUCCGAAGCCAUGGCUCAGACAGAAGAGAAAAUGACUUUAUUCAAGAGUCUGAUGGACAGAUCUGACUACCAUUCGAGUAUUCUCAUGGCUUUUGAAAAUAAAGACGAAGAACAUUUGCCAUUGGUGCCCCUUAACACCCUGGAGGAGAUGAAGAGACGAGUGAACAACACUUUAGGGAACAAUUUCACUCUACUUCUAGAAUUUCACUACUAUAAGUGCUCAGUUCUUGGCUUGCUAGAUGAAGUGAAACCAAAAUUGGAUUUUUGGAACAUAAAAUUUGGGAAGAAAGAAUCUGUGGAAUUAUUGCUGGAAGACUGGCAUAAUUUUAUUGAAGAAAAAGAGUUCAUAGCUCAACUUGAUACUGCUUUUCAAAAAUGUGAAGAAAUUUAUAAAAAUUUAGCUGGAGAAUGUGAAAGUAUUAAUGAACAAUAUAUGGUGGUGGAAAGUAAUAUUUCUAUGUACAGAAAAAAUAUAUAUAAUGUGAAGUCCACUCUCGAAAAAGUUCUGGCCUGUUGGGCUACUUAUGAGGAGAACCUUCGCUUACUGAAGGCUGGUUUUGAGGAGACAAAGAAACAAGUUAAAGAGGUUCCCUUUGAGACACUUGCCCAGUGGAAUGUAGAACAUACCACUUUAAACCAAGUGGGAAGUUUCUUAAUUGAAGUCAGCAAUGAUGAAGUUGGAUCAUCUGUUUCUAAAGAACUGAGAAGGCUGAAUAAAAGAUGGAGAAAGUUUAUUACAAAAACUCCACUUGAAAUGAAAUUGCCACUUUCAAAAAAACAGGAUCAGCCCACUCUUGACAAUUCUAGAAAUAUUCUAUUACCUAAAGAAGAAGAAAAAUCAACUGUUGAUUUUUCAAAGAAUAUGUCAGUAGGACUUCCUGAAAAUUAUAAUCGGAAUAUAAAGGCUGUGGAAGAACAUGAAAAAGACCAUGAAGAAUCCACAGAACACCUAAAAGUGGCUGAAGAGGUUGAAAAACUCAUUAGACAAGUGGAGGUGUGGGAGGCAGAAACCAAGUCCAUUUUGGAUCUUCCGAAACAUCAAGAUGUUAUGGAUAGUACCAUAGAAAAAUCUUUGCAGCAUCUUAUUGCCAGAGGCUCAAUGUAUGAAGAGCUUCUGGCCAGAACUGAAGAUACUUUACAAAUGGAUGUUCAGAGUAUUUCAAGCCAGGCGUCCUUCCAGCACGUUCUCACAACUGGACUUCAGGCAAAGAUUCAAGAAGCGAAUGAGAAAGUCCAGAUCACUGUGGUAAAACUAAUUGCAGUGUUGAAGAACUCAACGGAUAUUUCACAAGAAUUGGAUGCCAAGCAGAAGGUAAAAGAGUCCCAGAUGGAAUUGGAAUCUUACAUUGUGAGAGCUGAACAGUUACUUGGGCAAAGACAGAGCCCCCGUGGACUCAUUUCAAAAUAUAAGGAAGCACUGAAAAUUUUUAAUACCAAUAGUCUGGCUAAGUAUUUGAAAGCAGUUGAAGAACUGAAACUUAACGUUCCUGAGGAUGUAAAGCUGUCUUUGGAAGAGAAGAGGCGGGAAGCCUGUGCCAAAUGGGAGUCUCUUCAUCAAGAAAUUUCUUUGUAUAUUCAGCAACUAAAAAUAGAUAUUGAGAAAGGAAAACUUAACGACAACAUUUCCAAGCUUGAAAAGCAAAUAAAUAAAGAAAAGAAACUUAUUCGUAGAGGAAAGACCAAGGGUCUCAUCAAAGAACAUGAGGCCUGCUUUUCUAAGGAAGUCAUUGUGUGUCAGCUCCAUCACCAUGUGGAUGUCCUGAAGGCGCUGUGUGAAGAGCUGACUUCGCAGGAGCAUCAGCAAGAAGUGCAGAGAGUGCUCAAAGAUUAUGAGCAAAAGAUAGAAAGACUUCUGAAAUGUGCUUCUGAGAUCCAUGUGACUCUGCUGGCCCCCAUGGGGGGCACAUCAAAAGACGAGUUAGAACUUCCGAAGAGUAGCCAGGCUUUGGGGGAAACGGUGACCACAGCUGAGAAUGGCGGAAAGGGUUUCCACAGUGAGGUGCCAUUUGCCAAACCUGAUAAUCAGCUGUCGACUGAAAAGGCAGUGGAACCUGUUGAGAAUUUUAGCCUGACAUCAGAGUUAAAACUCCAACAACAAGAAAGCAUUAUGGAGCAGCCAGAAGAAGAUCACAGUGCAUCUAAAAAUAGAUUACAAAAGAGGUAUGAUACACACAAAGAGAUUCUUGAACUACAUCUGCAAAACAACAAAUUUAGGAUUACUUCUGAUUUCUCUAGUGAAAAGGAAAUGAGUAGUGCUAAUCUGCAGAAUAAACUAACAGAUUUACAGGUCUUAAAAAAUGAAACUAAUGCUUGCUGGAAAGAGUUUGAAAGCACUUCAUUGGAGUUAGAAAGCCUCAUGAAUGACACGGAGAAGCCUCUUAUAGUUAAGGAGAGAGACAGGUUAAAGGAAAAAGAAAAUGAGCUUCAAAUGACUCUUAAUACCAGAGUGGAGUCUUUGGAGAUGGCACUGCAGGUCUUAUUACCAGUGGAGAAAGAGUCACUCUUCCUGUGUGGCUCAGACCUAUUUCCCUGUCAAGUGGCCAUCCAGGAAUUUCAUCUCGUGGACACUGAUGGCAUUUAUCAAAACUUGAGGAAUAUCCAAGAUUCCAUAGCCAAACAGAUUAAAGUAUGUACCAGUUUAGAAGAGCCUGACAACGUUGUAUUAAAGGAUUUACACCCACUUGAUCAACACGCAACCCGGAACAUUAUACAGAAAUGCAAAACACAGCUUGAAGAAAUGAACCACAAGGUGCGAAUGCGCCAAGAGGUCCUGAAAGCUCUGGGAGAGUUUAUAGAUUCUGUAAGAACAGUUAAGCUCUCUGUUGAUCUUGUUACCGACCUUUCAGCUUCAGAUGCACCGGUAGCCCCAGAAAAUACUUUGACAGUGAAAAAUAUCAAGAGAGAAAUUCGUCUGAUGAGAGACAAGGCUAGGCAUUUGGAUGAACGUUUGAAGAUGCUUGAUAUAAGCUUUGAAGAUGCAGACCUAGGUGAAGACACUUCCUGUAAAAAACUUCUUGAUGCCCUAACAAUGAAGUUAUUCGAGACACGUAUCUGUGACACACAGGAAGCAUUUGCUGAGGAAAUCAAUUUAGUAGAGACUUGUACUUCCAAAAAUGCGGAACUCUUUAAAAAUAUUCAAGACAUGCAAAAUCAGAUCGGUAAAAUUGGUCUUAAGGAUCCUACUGUUCCAGCCGUAAAACAUCGGAAAAAAUUAUUACUUAAACUGGAGAAGGAUAUAGAUGGGUAUGAAGAAGAGAAGAUACACUUGGAAGAAAUGGUUGAUUCUCUCCCACAAUUCAAAGAUGGCAGAGAAAAACCUCUGAUUCAACAGUGCCAAACUACCCUGCUCUUGUGGGAAAAUACAAAAACAUCCAUUGCUGAAUGUCUUGAUCAAUGUGGAAGAGUUUUGGAGCUCUUAAAACAAUAUCAGAAUUUUAAAGGUAUCUUGACAACUUUGAUUCAGAAAGAAGAGAAUGUCAUCUCCCUGCAGUCUUCCUACAUGGGAAAGGAGAACCUGAAGAAAAGGAUUUUACAGAUUGAAAUUGUCAAAGAAGAAUUUAAUGAACAUUUAGAAUCAGUUGACAAGAUAAACCAGAUCUGUAAAAAUCUACAAUUUUAUCUAAAUAAAAUGAAAACCUUUGAAGAGCCCCCUUUUGCAAAAGAGGCUAACGUUAUCGUGGAUCGAUGGCUUGAUAUAAAUGAGAAGACAGAAGACUACUAUGAAAAUCUUGGUCGAGCUCUGGCUUUAUGGGACAAACUUUUUAAUUUGAAAAGUGUCGUUGAUGAGUGGACUGAAAAUGUGCUUCGAGAAAGGAAUUCACAGCUGACUGAAGAGGACAGAGAAAGGCUGAAGGAAGAGUUACAAGUCCAUGAACAACAAACUUCAGAAUUUUCUAGAAGAGUGACCGAAAUACAGUUUCUGCUUCAAAGUAAUGAAAAACCACUUGAAUUGCAGGUCAUGGAACGCUCUAUUUUGAACAAGAUGGAACAUGUGAAAAAGUAUAUAUCAGGAGAGUCCAAUUGCUUCGAGCUUGGUAGCAGCACAGCUGAGCUGAAGGAGGAUCUCGACCAAGCCAAGACCCAGAUCGGGAUGACGGAGUCCCUCUUGAAAGCCCUAUCUCCUUCCGACAGCUUGGAGAUUUUCACUAAACUCGAGGAGAUACAACAAGAAAUUCUACAGCAGAAGCACAACAUGAUAGUACUUGAGCAUCAAAUAGGUUGUCUCACCCCUGAACUCUCUGAAUUGAAGAGGCAAUAUGAAAGUGUCAGCGAUUUAUUUAAUACCAAAAAAGGUGUUUUGCAAGAUCACUUUUCUUCAUUAUUGAAUGAUCAAUGCAAGAACUUCAAUGACUGGUUCAGCAAGAUUAAAGUGAGGCUUGAAGAGUGCUUCGACUCAUCAGAAACAAAAAAGAGUGUGGAACAAAAGCUGCAAAUACUUUCUGAUUUCUUGACUCUUGAAGGAAGAAGCAGUAAAAUACAGCAGGUAGAAACUGUAUUGCAGCAUGUGAAGAAGCACCUACCUAAAGCCCAUGUUAAAGAGCUUAACAGUUGGCUUGUGAGUCAAGAAGUUGAAUUAGAAAAAAUGGUGUCCAUAUGUGAGGCCCAGGCAAAGGAACUCGAUAACUACCUGGAGCAGCUACUGAGACUGCAGGAUGAUUGCAGAAGCCUGAGUAAGUGGUUGACUAAUCAAGAAGAGGAAUGGAAAGAAAUGGAAGAAUCAGGAGAGAAAACUGAGCUAUUUUGUCAAGCAUUAGCUGAAAAGAGGGAACAGUUUGAAUCUCUGGUCCAGUUGAAUGACUCUUUGAAGGACCAUGGGUUUACUGAGGAAGAUGAAAUAAUAAACGAAUCAACAUGUUUGAUUGAAAGAUACCAGACAUUAUUGAGACAAUUACAUGAAAUUGAAGAAGAAUUUAAGUUGCCACCUGCUGAGGACCAGAGCUUUAAUGAUCUUGCACAUGAUGUGAUUCAUUGGAUAAAAGAGAUUAAAGAGUCUCUUAUGGCUUUGAACUCAUCUGAAGGCAAAAUGCCACUCGAGGAGAGAAUCCAAAAAAUAAAGGAAAUCAUUUUACUAAAGCCUGAAGGGGACGCCAAAAUACAGACCAUUACGAGACAAGCCGAGAGCUGUGAGGCCCCGUUGGUGCAGGAGACCCUUGCUGAUAUCACCAACCAGUGGGACAGCACGCUCCAUCUGGCCAGCACAUACCUAAGCCAUCAAGAAAAGCUUCUGCUAGAAGGGGAAAAGUAUUUGCAAAGCAAAGAGGACUUGAGAUUAAUGCUCAUAGAACUAAGGAAGAAGCAAGAAGCAGGCUUUGCCCUUCAACAUGCUCUGCCAGAGAAGAAAGCCCAGUUAAAAAUUUAUAAGAAAUUCCUCCAGAAAGCACAAGAUUUGACAUCCUUGCUAAAGGAGUUAAAAUCUCAAGGAAAUUACCUCUUGGAGUGCACUAAAAAUCCCAGCUUCAGUGAGGAGCCUUGGCUGGAAAUAAAACAUCUACAUGAGAGUCUUCUUCAACAACUGCAGGAUUCUGUGCAAAAAUUAGAGGAUCAUGUUGAAGAACACCAUUCAUACGAGGUUUGCAUCAAAGAGCUGAAUACCACAUUGGACAAUAUCUCCAUGGAAUUAGUUAGUUUUUCUGAUUUGCCGGUGGAUCAAACAGCAAUUGAGGACAAAUUGCAGAAACUGCAGGAACUAGAAAGUAGACUCAGUUUACAAGAUGGCACACUGAAGAAGAUUUUAGCAUUAGCAAAAUCCAUCAAGCAAAAUACAUCUUCAGUGGGACAGAUUAUUAUUAAAGAUGAUAUAAAAUCACUUACGUGUAAACAAAAAGAUUUGGAAAACAGAAUUGAAUCUGCUAAACAGGAGACUGAAAAUUAUCUCAACAGCCUUCUCAAAUCAAAAUGCUCAAUAGAGAAGAAUGAGAAGUUUUCUCUGCCAGGCAGACAGAGGCAGGCCACUUCUGAGGUGGUGGAGUCCACUGGGCUCUUGAUGGGAGUGGAAGAGCUGGAGGAAGACUGGGAAGUAAACAAGAAUUCAGACGUGGAAAUGGUUUUGUCAAAACAAUUUCCUCUCCAUGUUCAAGAAAGCAUGAACAACGCUGAAGAUGAGCACAAAGUCAACGAGCUGCAAAAUCAGCCCUUGGAAUUGGAUGUUCUGCUGAGAAAUGAACAAUUAGAAGAGAUAGAGGAAUUAUAUAACCGAUUAGAAGCAAGGAAAACAGCCAUUGAACCACUAGAACAAUCUGAAUGUUUUAACAAAACAGAAGCAAGUGCCUUGGCCCUCCACAAUAAAAGAUAUUCAGCACAGCACUUGGACAAUCUGCUUCAGGCGCUUACUGCUUUGAAGAAAAAUAAAGAAAGCCAGUAUUAUCUCCUUAAACAUUUUCAAGAACAUGUCACCGCAGUUGAAUCCUUGAUGAAAGCCUUGUUGACAGAAAAGGAAAGUCUAAAAGUGGGACCAAUGGACAGUGAAAUCUAUCUGAACAAAAUUAAGAAAUUCCUGAGAUCAAUAGAAAAAGAGAAAGUUUCUUUAAGCAAGUUGAAAGCUGAAUGGGAGAGCUUAUCACCUCAUGUGACUGACAUGGAUAAGAAGCUGAUGGAAAACCAGAUUCAGCAGCUUGAGCAUGGUUGGGAGCAAAUGGAACAAAUGGUUCAAAAGAAGCAUUCGCAGCAGGUAAUGGAAUAUGGUGAGUUCACCUCCCUUGUGAAUAAGUUCCAAGACAUGGAGACUUCUCUGCAAGAGCAGCAGCAGUGUCUACUGUUAAGGCUGAAUUCUCUAGAAGAACAGGAGGGGAGCCACAGCAUCAUUGCCUCGGCCACUGAGCUCCAGGCCAUCAAGCAUGGGUUUUCUAUUUUAAAGACACAAGCUGAACUUCAGAUGAAGAGGUUCUGGGGAGAAAAAGAAAAGAAGAUUUUAGAAGAUGCAAUAAAUAAUUUGAAGAAGCAAUUGGAAACACUGGAUCCAUUAAACCUGGAGGUGGAAAAUCAGAUUAAGAAAUGUGACAUAAAGAACAAGAUGAAGGAGACUAUCCAGUGGGUCAAAAAUCUGCGGGGGACACUCACUCCCUACAUUUGCCUUCUCCCAGAUGACAUUCUUUCACAGAUCAGAAAAUGCAAGACGGCUCAUGACGGUAUUCUGGAUAAGCAGCAGGUCAUGGAGUCGUUGGUGGAAGAGGUCAAAGAUAUCAUUCCAAACCUUACAGCAGAUGAGGGGGAUGAUUUAAAUAGCCUCCUGGAGGACUUACAGAGUCAAUACCAAAUGCUAGUUUUAAAAUCAACUCAGAGAUCACAGCAGUUGGAAUUUAAAUUGGAAGAAAGAAGCCAAUUCUUUGCAGGGAUUGGGAAGGCUCAACUCACCCUUCAAAGAAAGGAAGCACUGAUCAUUCCCAAGAUGGAAGCAGCCUCCACAGAAACUGAGCUAGCACAUGUCCACUUCACUUUGAAGGCAUCCCAGGAGGAGCUGCGAGAUAUUGGGAGUGUGAUCUCCACACAUCUUCAGGAACUAGCAAACACCUGUAAGGAUCUAAAUGUCUUUGAAAGAUUAUUUCUCGAUGACCAUUUAAAACAUCUGAAGACCAGGGCCAACAGAACACGAAGAUUCAUUCAGAGUAAGUGCAAUGAAGUAGAACGUAAGAUAAACUCUUACAGAGAACUCCAUGAAGAAACAUCUGGUCUUCAGAGGGAGGUUGAUCGUAUACAGCACAAGGAACUACUACUUAACCAAGACAUAAAUCAAGAUGUGAAAGAGUUCAAUAAUCUUAAAGACAGACUUACCGGUGUUCGAUGUGAGAUCUUACAACUAUUAGAACUUAAAGAACUGUUUGACUAUAUAGGGAUAAACUGGGACUGUUCACAGCUUAACCAAUUGAAAACCCAAGUAUUUGAAAAAGAAAAGAAACUUGAAGAAAAAAUCAGACAGUUGGAUACGUUUGUGGCAGAACAUGGCAAAUAUCAAGCAUUACUGAGUAAAGUAAGGGAUAUGGAUAUGCAAAUUAAGAAAAGGGCUGAAUUAGUACAGAAAGCUCCUGAUACCUCACCAGAGAGCAAUUUGCUCAAUGCAAUAAUUUUGAAUCAGAAGAUUGAGAAAGCGAAGUGCUUCUAUAAUGAGGUACUAAAGAAAUUAAGUGAAAACAAGGCCUUGGAUGACUCAUUCAAAGAGAAAGAAAUAGUACAACUAACACUGAAUGUAGAAGAAAAUGAUAAGUUACAGAAGGUUGUCAAAAACAUAGAACUAGAAUUCCAACCAAAAGAAAUUGAUGAAAAGAAUUUUCAGGACCUACUAGAAAAUUCCUUACAUGUUUUAAAUCAGAUUAAAUCUCACGUACAGCAGCCUUUGCUUAUAAAUUUGGGAAUUGAACAUAUUGAAAAUGAGAAGGAUAAUUGUGAAGCAUUUCUAGAACUAGUUCAGGAGGAAAUGUGUAGUAUUAAAGCUGUGACUGUUACCGAGAAGCAAAGAGAAGAAAACUCUCCUGAAACUGCUGAUAUGGAGACAAAAUUGCAAGAUGUUGAAGCGCUUCAGACACAGCUUAGCAGAAGCAUUGAUUUACGCAUGGAUGCCUUGAACAGUGCUUAUGAAAAUAUAACCCUCUAUAACGAAGCAGUCGCCAGGGCGAUGGAGAUCAUCACUUCCCAGGAAGCCAUCAUUGCAUCCCCGAGAGUAAACCUUCAUAAUCCACAAGAAUCACUAGAGAGGUUUCGCUGGAAGCAAAAGGAAUUGGAAUCCACAAUUGCAGACAUCCAGGACCUCAUCGAGAACCUGGGAACUAUAUCAGCGCCCGAGGCCAAACAGGAAUUCCAGUGUACCUUACAGGAAUUAGUUUCUAAGAACUCAGCCAUGAAGGAGGCGGCCACAGUGAAGGCAGCUAUGGUAGAAAGGUGUCUUGAGAACUACAAACGCUACAGAAGUAUCAAGGAGUACAUUUGUACUCACCUCAGAAAAAUGGAGACAGUUCUCAGGCAGUCCAUGUCCCCGUUACCAGUAUCUUACAAGGAAGCUUUAGAGCGCUUGGAACAGAGCAAGGCCUUGGUGUCAAAUCUCAAAUCAACCAGAAAAGAGCUCACGAAGCUUCGACAGGUCCUUAGACACUUGAGGCGCAGGUGCACAGAAAAGGAUGGCAUGUGUGUGCUCAGAGGCCUGUCGGUCCUGUGGGAGAAGUGGCUCAGUUUGCUACAGGCUGCCAAAGUGUGGGAGAUGUGGAGUGAAGAACUGAAGCAGGAGUGGAAAUUCGUCAGUGAGGAAAUGGAACGAGAAGCAAUCAUUUUAGACAAUCUUCAAGAGGAACUCCCAGAAAUUUCCAAAACAAAGGAGGCCGCCACCACGGAGGAGCUCUCAGAGCUGCUGGACGCUUUCUGCCAAUACGAAGAGAGUGUGGACAUGCAGCAGCUCUUGCUGACCCUGCUCCUUCAGCGCAUAAAGAGUAUCCGGAAUGUUCCCGAAGGCCGAGGGGCUGUAGAGGCUGUCCCUGCUCUUCAAGAGAUCCAGUCCAUGCGGGAACGGUGCGACAGGCUUCUUCAGAAAGCUCAAAAAAAUAAGGAAUCAUUGCAGACUGAACUCCAGGGAAGACAUUCCUUCACAAAGGAAAUAAUUGCUUUGAAGAAUGUAUUUCAGCAGGCUUCAACUUCUUUCCAAAAUAUGGCAUCAGAGGGCCACCCAGAAAGGGCAAAGCAGUUGGAGGAGCUUCAGAGCAUUCUUAAGAAAGGCAAGCUCACUUUCAAGAGUAUCAUGGAAAAACUGCGAAUCCAGUACUGUGAAAUGUACACCAUAGUCCCUGCAGAGAUGGAGUCCCGGGUGGAGGAAUGCAGAAAAGCUUUAGAAGACAUAGAUGAGAAGAUUAGUGAUGAUGUCUUGAAGAGCUCGCCAACAUUUGCAAUGAACAGGAAAAUAGAGGAAAUUAACAGUGGGCUUCGGCUUGUUGAAAAUAUGUUGCAGCAGAAGAGCGAAAACAUUGAGAAAGCUCAAGAAAUUCAAAAGCCCACAGCAUCAGGGUGGAACUUCUUAAAUUCUUUCCACCAUAGUCAGAAUCAGUCUGAAAAGCUGGGAGAGUCUUCACGUGGAGUGCUGUCUUCAGUGUUGUUAGCCAUGGGGCCUGAAAGGCCCAACACAUCACUGACUAAUCUCAAGUGACUCUCCAUUCAGGAACCGUUCAACCCCAGUGACCAGCAUCUGACUAAAUGUGGUCCCACAUUUCUUUCUCAGGCCACAAUUAAGAUGGAGGAGUAUAGUGAUCUUUUGAAGAGCACAGAGGCUUGGAUAGAAAAUACCAGUUGUUUGCUGGCCAAUCCUGCUCGCUAUGACUCUUCAAGAACCCUGAGUCACCAUGCCAGCACCCUGCAGAGGGCUUUGGAAGAUUCUGAGCAGAAGCACAAUCUUUUACAUUCAGUUUUCACAGAUCUAGAGGAUUUGUCAGACAUUUUCGAAACAGAUGACUUAGUACAGUCCGUACAAGACCUAAGCAGUCAAGUAGUAGAUCUCCAGCAACAAAUAAUGGAAAGCCUUCCCCACAUUCAGCGGAUGGCAGAUGAUGUGGUUGCUAUUGAAUCCGAAGUAAAAUCUAUGGAGAAAAAAGUUUCAAAAAUCAGAACUAUCCUGUUAUCAAAAGAAAUAUUUGAUUUUUCACCUGAAGAACAUCUUAAGCAUGGAGAGGUCAUACUUGAAAAUAUACGCCCCAUGAAGAAAACCAUUGCUGAGAUAGUGUCUUACCAAGUGGAACUGAGGCUACCCCAGGCAGGAACAAAACCUCUGCCUGUGUUUCAGCGGACAAAUCAGCUUUUGCAAGCUGUAAAACUAUUGGAAAACGUGACUCAGGAACAAAAUGAGUUAUUAAAGGUAGUCAUAAGACAGACUAAUGAAUGCAAUGAAGAAAUAGAAAAUUUGAAACGAAUCUUAAAUAAUUAUUCAACGGAGUUCUCCCUUGAACAUAUGUCACCAGACCAAGCUGUUGACUUUCCAGAAGUACAGGAAGACAUCAAAAGUAUGGAACAGCAGAUUCUGCAUUUAAACCAGAAAAAAGAAGACCUAUUGGUGGACUUGAAGGCUGCCGUACUAAACCUUCACCAGCAUUUGAAGCAAGAACAGCAAGAAGGAGACGUGCUGUCAGCCAGAGCAUUGGAGGACGGUGGAGCGGCUGAGCUGGAUGUGUCUGAGUGGAAGGUAGGAACCCGUUUACGUGAAUACUGGUCCCACAUUCCACAAGAGUGUAAUGAAUAUAAGAAAGCGGAGCCGUCUUCGAGGUCUUUGCCUUUACUUUGGAAGCAUGACCUGGGCUUGGAGGAAGAUGGAGAAUCCUCCUCCUCAGCAACCAUCAUUCCGGAGGCAGAUGAGAAAAUAAGCACCUGUGAUAGUUCCAUGGUACAAAUUCUGGCACCAGACUCACUAAACACUGAGCAAAACCUAGCAUUUUCCCCGAAGCUCAACCAAACAGAAGAGGGUCCCACUUCUCCUAUCAAGGCUGCAGCUCUGGACUUUUCUGAUAAGCCAGGAGAUUUUGAGACCUCAGUGAAGAGAACUAGGGCCCGGCCUGUAGAAGUCCUCCAUGUCUGCAAGACCCAGGUGGCCGAGCUGGAGCUGUGGCUGCAACAAGCCAGCGUGGCAUUUGAGCCGGAAACAUUAAACGCAGACAUGCAGCAGGUGGUGGAACAGGAACUGGUCGGGUGCCAGGCUAUGCUGACCGAGAUUGAGCACAAGGUUGCCUCUCUCCUGGACACUUGCAAAGAUCAGGGCCUGGGAGAUAGUGGAGCCACUCAACAGGAGGCCGAAGCACUCUCCCUGAAACUCAAAACUGUGAAGUGCAAUUUGGAAAAAGUCCAGAUGAUGCUGCAGGAGAAAUACAGCGAGGAUCAGUACCCUACCAUUCUAAGGAAACCUUCAGAACUCCAACAAGUCCUCCAGCCUGUUAACCUUCCUGAAUUGGUACCUAUUGUAACUGAAAGGCCACAAUUUAGCAGACAAAGAGAUGUCCCCCUGCAACAGGUUCUGGAGUUAAAACCAAUGGAACAGAAAGAUUUACUCAAGUUUAUAGAAUUUAAUGCUAAGAAAACAUGGCCGCAGUAUUGCCAACAGGAUAAAGAUACUACUCAGGGAUCAUCUGUGAGCAACAAGGCAUCUGGCCCUGAAAAUGAAGCUCCAGACUUGAUCUUUUCACCUCAGGGUCAAAACGGUGAUAAAUGGCAAUAUCUUCAUCAUGAACUGUCCUCAAAAAUAAAGCUACCUCCUCCUCAGCUCGUGGAGCCUCAGGAAAACAUGACAGAAGAAACAUAUAACGAUUUGGAUAAAAAAUUAUUUGAACUCUUCCUGAGCCUCAAUCGGUGCCUUGGCAGCGUGGAGGAGAUGCUCCAGACACCGGGGCUCUUCAGGGAGGAUGUCUCUGCCCAGCAGGAGCACUACGAGAAACUGGCUCUCGAGUUGAAGAAACUUUAUUUAGCUCUGUGUGACAAGAAGAAUGACCUUUUGAAAGCCAUGGCUUGGCCUGGCAGGAACACCACUCUGCUCCCUGAAUGUUUCGGUAGCCUCCAGGUCUGCCUGGAGCACACUCAGGCCAGCGCUGCCUCUAGAAGCAAGUCCCUGAAAGCUGGCCUGGACUACAAGCACAGUUACCAGAAUGAAAUAAAGCGACUGUAUGAUCAACUCAUUAAGAAUAAGACAGCUUUACAACAGUCCUUGAAUGAAAUGCGUGGCCAGAGUAUUGGUGAACAGCUUCAGAAAGCAGAUUUAUAUACAGCAGAGCUGCAGAAUUCUGAGAGCCGAGUGGCCAAACUAAGAGACGAAGGGGAGAGGCUUCGCUUACCCUGUGUUUUACUCCAGGAGGUUUACAAGUUAGAGGAUGUACUUGACAGUAUGUGGGGGAUCCUGAGAGCGAGGUACUCUGGGUUCAGUAGCCCGUUCAUCACUGAGAGCCAGCAACAUGCCCUUCUACAAGGCACAGUGGAACUAGUAAAUAUUGGAAAGGAAAUGCUUGCUCAUGGCCACUUAAAACAAGCCAAAAGUAAAGUUGCCUUACAGACUCAAAUACAAAAUCACAAGGUAUUUUUCAAGAAGCUUGUUGCCAACAUGUUGUUGAUCCAAACAUACUAUGACAAAAUGUUUCCUUCCGUGUUACCAAAGAGAGAGAGAUUUUGGGCAGAACAAGUAACCGAAGUUAAAUCCCUGGAAGGAAAGGCACAGCAGUUUGGCAUGAAGCUGCAGAGUUUGUUGCAGAAAUGGGAAGAAUUCGAUGAAAACUAUGGAUCUCUGGAAAAGGACCUGGAAAUUCUUGUCUCUACAUUGCCUUCUGUGAGUUUGGUGGAAGAAACAGAGGAGAGAUUAGUGGAAAGGAUAUCAUUUUAUCAGCAAAUAAAAAGAAACAUUGAUGGAAAGCAUGCCCGGCUCUACCAAACUCUAAAUGAAGGCAAACAGCUGGUGGCAUCUGUGAGCUGUCCUGAACUGGAGGGACAGAUUGCCAAACUGGAAGAGCAGUGGCUGUCCCUGAACAAGAAGAUUGACCUUGAACUGCACAGACUGCAAACACUUCUCAAGCACCUAGUCAGUUACAACAGAGAUUCAGAUGAGUUAACCAAGUGGUUGGAAUCUUCUCAGCAAACUUUGAAUCACUGGAAAGAACAGUCCCUCAAUGCGUCUCAGGACUUGGAUACAAUCAGAAACAACAUAAAUAAUUUUUUUGAAUUUUCCAAGGAAGUGGAUGGAAAGUCCUCCCUGAAGACUGCAGUUUUAAGCACUGGGAACCAGCUUCUGCACCUGAAGGAAACCGACACGGCCUCGCUGAGAGCCUCCUUAGCCCAGUUUGAACAAAAGUGGACCAUGCUCAUAACUCAGCUUCCAGAUAUUCAAGAAAAGCUUCAUCAGCUUCAGAUGGAGAAAUUGCCAUCUCGUAAAGCCAUCACAGAAAUGAUUAGCUGGAUGAACAGCGUGGAGUAUCAGGCUGCAGGUGAAGACUCUGCGCACUUCCCUAGUUCUGAGUCUCAAGUAAAGAAUCUUCUUCAGAAGCUCAAGGAGUUCAGAAUGGAAAUGGACUAUAAACAGUGGAUCGUUGACUUUGUUAACCAGUCAUUGCUUCAGUUAAGCACCUGUGAUGUAGAAAGCAAGCGCUAUGAAAGGACGGAGUUUGCAGAGCACCUGGGGGAGAUGAACCGCCAAUGGCACCGAGUACAUGGAACCCUGAAUAAAAAGAUACAACAUUUAGAACAAUUUUUGGAAAGCAUCACUGAGAAUGAAAACAAAAUGCAGAUUUUGAAAAACUGGUUGGAAGCACAAGAAGAGAAGCUGAAAACUUUACAAAAACCGGAAAGUGUGAUCUCCAUCGAGAAGGUGCUCCUGGACUGUCAGGAUAUAGAAAAUCAACUUGCAAUUAAAUCCAAAGUACUGGAUGAGCUGAGGCAAAGCUACCUGACUCUGGAAAGUGGGGCAAUUCCACUGUUAGAAGAUGCAGCAUCUGGAAUCCACAAGUUGCUUCAAAAGCGGGACAAUGUGACUCGUCAGGUCAGUGAGCUCAAAAGCUUCAUGCAGUCGGUGCUACAGGAGUGGAAGUUGUAUGAUAAACUCUACGAUGAAGUGAACAUGCUGGCGAUCCAAUUUGGGUACUGCAUGGAACACAGCAAGCCUGUGGUGUUGUCACUGGAGGCCUUGAGGUGCCAGGUGCAGAACCUUCAGUCUCUUCAAGAUGAAGCUGAGAUCAGCGAAGGGAGUUGGGAGAAACUCCGGGAGGUUAUUCAUAGACUCAAAGAUUCCUGCCCCUCAGUUGCUGAAAUAAUUGAAGAGAAAUGCCAAGACACUCAUGCAAGGUGGACCCAGGUAAACCAAGAUCUUGCAGAUCAGUUGCAGGAGGCCCAGACUCUGCUCCAGCUCUGGAAAGUUUAUCGAAGUGCUCAUGUGGAAGCCACGGCAAGGCUAGAGCAGCAGGAAGCCAAAUUUCAACAGCUUGCAAACAUCAACAUGUCUGGAAACAACCUGGCAGAGAUCCUGCCAGUGGCCCUGCAGGACAUAAAGGAGCUGAAGCAGGAAGUGCAGAAGACAAAAGAAGUCUUUCUCCAAAAUUCCAUCCUCCUGGACCGAUUCCCACAACCUGCAGAGUCCAACGCCUCGGGGCUCUUUUCUGGUCAACUGUAUUCCCUCCGGAGAGCUAUUUAUUUGGAAAAGAUGCUGCUUGUGAAAGCAAAUGAAUUUGAGUUUGUUCUCUCACAGUUUAAGGAUUUUGAGAACCGGCUGGAAUCUUUAAAAGGCCUCAUUAUACACGAGGAAGAGAAUUUGGAUAAACUUUACCAACAAGACAAAGAAGAAAAUCCUGGCUCGUUCCUGAAUCAUGUGCUAGCAUUGAUAGCCCAGUCUCCUGACAUUGAACGUCUGAAUGAAGACAGCCUCAUGCUCCCACUCAGUGACAUGCCCCUGAAGACAUUACAGAAUAUGAACCGGCAAUGGAUUCGCGCCACUGCCACAGCGCUGGACCGCUGCAGCGAGCUGCUGGAAAGUGGGUUAAAUGAAAAUUUUCUUCAUUGUUGUGAAAAGUGGGUGCAACUUUUGGAAAAGAUAGAAGAGAUGCUCAAAGUGAAUAUUGCCAACAGCCUCCCUGCUCUCCUGGAACAGCAGAAAGCUUAUGAGAUGUUAGAAGCUGAAGUUUCUAUAAACCAGACAAUUGCUGAUUCUUAUGUCACCCAGUCCCUACAACUCCUGGACACAACAGAAAUAGAAAAGAGACCAGAAUUUGUUUUGGAAUUCUCAAAUCUGACGGACCACUGGCAGAGUGCUGCCCAAGGCAUUCGGCAGAGGAAGAGUGACAUUGACCAGCUGGUGAGGCAGUGGCUAUACUUCACCUCCUCCAUGGAGGACUUGUUCCGCUUCCUCACCAACACUAGCCACAUGCUGUCCGCAGUAAAGGAUCAGGAUUGCUACAGCCUCUACCAAAUCAGAAGUCUAAUCCAUGAGCUAAAGAAUAAGGAAAUCCAUUUUCAGAGAUGGCAAACCACCUAUGCACUAACCUUGGAAGCUGGGGAGAAAUUACUGAACGCACCUAACCUGGAAGCAAAAGAGUCCAUGAACAAGAGAAUCAGACAGCUGCAGAACAACUGGAAGGACACGGAGCUCCAUCUAGCACAGAUGAUUAAGCAUCUCCAAAGCAUCAUAGAGACCUGGGACCAGUGUGAAAAGAAAAUCAAGGAACUGAAAAGCAGGCUGCAAGUUUUAAAAGCACAAAGUAAAGAUCCUCUUCCAGAACUUCAUGAGGACCUCCACAGAGAAAGAGAGCUGACGAAGGAACUAGAGAAGUCUCUGACUAACUGGACUCAGAACUUGCAAGAACUUCACACCAUGAAGGGCGACUUAACCCGGCACAUUCUCUCGGAGGACGUGAUGGUUUUGAAGGAGCAGAUAGAGCAUUUGCACAGACAAUGGGAGGACCUCUGCCUCAGAGUGGCUACACGCAAACAGGAGAUUGAAGACAGACUCAAUUCAUGGAUCGUGUUCAAUGAAAAAAAUAAAGAGUUGUGUGCGUGGCUGGUCCAGAUGGAAAACAAGGUUCUACAGACAGCAGAUAUUAGCAUUGAAGAAAUGAUUGAAAAGUUGCAGAAGGACUGCAUGGAAGAAAUAAACUUGUUCAGUGAAAACAAGUUACAGCUAAAGCAGAUGGGCGACCAGUUGAUCAAGGCCAGCAGCAAGACAAGAGCAGCUGAGAUCGAUGACAAGCUCAACAAAAUCAACGAUCGAUGGCAACAUCUUUUUGAUGUUAUUGGAUCAAGGGUGAAGAAGCUGAAGGAGACAUUUGCUUUUAUUCAGCAGUUAGACAAAAACAUGAGCAACCUUCGCACCUGGUUGGCUCGCAUCGAGUCUGAGCUUUCGAAGCCGGUUGUUUACGACGUCUGUGACGAUCAGGAAAUCCAGAAGAGGCUCGCUGAGCAGCAGGAUCUGCAGCGAGAUAUCGAACAGCACAGCGCAGGGGUGGAGUCCGUAUUCAACAUUUGUGAUGUCCUGUUGCAUGACUCUGACGCCUGUGCCAACGAGACCGAGUGCGACUCCAUCCAGCAGACCACCAGAAGCCUGGACAGGCGCUGGAGGAACAUUUGUGCCAUGUCAAUGGAGCGGCGCAUGAAAAUCGAAGAGACAUGGCGCCUGUGGCAGAAGUUUUUAGAUGAUUAUUCCCGCUUCGAGGACUGGCUCAAGUCUGCCGAGAGGACAGCAGCCUGCCCCAAUUCCUCUGAGGUGUUGUACACAAAUGCCAAAGAAGAGCUGAAGAGGUUUGAGGCCUUCCAGCGGCAGAUCCACGAGCGGCUCACUCAGCUGGAGCUCAUCAACAAGCAGUACCGGCGGCUGGCACGGGAGAACCGCACCGACACGGCCAGCAAACUGAAGCAGAUGGUCCACGAGGGCAACCAGCGCUGGGACAACCUCCAGAAGCGGGUGACAGCCAUCCUGCGGAGACUCAGGCAUUUCACCAACCAGAGGGAGGACUUCGAGGGCACCAGGGAGAGCAUUCUGGUGUGGCUCACAGAGAUGGACCUGCAGCUAACUAAUGUGGAGCACUUCUCCGAGAGCGAUGCUGAUGACAAAAUGCGCCAGCUGAAUGGCUUCCAACAGGAAAUUACGUUAAAUACCAACAAGAUCGACCAGCUCAUCGUGUUUGGGGAGCAGCUGAUUCAGAAGAGCGAGCCCCUAGAUGCCGUGCUGAUUGAGGACGAGCUGGAGGAGCUGCACCGGUACUGCCAGGAGGUGUUUGGCAGGGUCUCUCGCUUCCACCGGCGCCUGACCUCCCACGCUCCGGGUUUGGAAGAUGAAAAGGAAGCUUCUGAGACCGAAACAGACAUGGAAGACCCCAGAGAAAUCCAGACCGACUCUUGGCAUAAAAGGGGAGAGAGCGAGGAACCCUCGUCUCCCCAGUCCCUGUGCCAUCUUGUGCCCCCUGCUCUGAGCCACGAGCGGUCUGGCUGUGAGACCCCUGUCAGUGUGGACUCCAUCCCUCUGGAGUGGGAUCACACAGGUGACGUGGGGGGCUCCUCCUCUCACGAAGAAGAUGAGGAAGGUCCAUACUACAGUGCGCUCUCAGAUGUAGAAAUCCCUGAAAAUCCUGAGGCCUAUCUUAAAAUGACCACAAAAACUUUGAAAGCAUCUUCUGGUAAAUCCAUUUCUGAUGGCCACUCGUGGCAUGUUCCUGACAGCCCUUCCUGUCCCAAGCAUCACUACAAACAAAUGGAAGGUGACAGGAAUGUACCACCCAUCCCCUCGGGUUCCAGCACCCCUUACAAAUCAGCCUAUGGAAAGCUGCUAUUACAUCCAGGCACUGAUGGUGGAAAAGAAAGUCCAAGAGUCCUGAAUGGCAGCCCUCAGCAGGAAGACGAGCAUCUGGCCACCCUAACAGGACAGCCAUCAGGUGCCUUUGACAGAUGGGAACUGAUUCAAGCACAAGAGCUUCACAGUAAACUCAGAAUGAAACAAAACAUGCAGCAGCUGAACUCUAAUAUCAGCGCCAUCACUGCUUGGCUGGGAAAAACUGAAGCAGAGCUUGAAACUUUAAAGAUGGCAAAGCCUCCCUCCAACAUCCAGGAAAUGGAACCCAGAGUGAAGAGAUUGCAGGAGAUAUUAAAAGCUUUUGACAACUACAAGGCAUUAAUGGUCUCUGUCAAUGUGAGCGGCAAGGAAUCUCUGCCAACUGAGAGCACCGAAGCCACAGAGCUCCAGAGUAGACUCCGCCAGCUGGGCCUGCGCUGGGAAGCAGUCCAGGGCGCAGUGGACAGCUGGAGAGGGGACCUGCGGCAGUCACUCAUGCAGUGCCAGGAUUUCCACGAAUUAAGUCAAAACCUGCUCCUGUGGCUGGCAAGUGCUGAGAACCGGAGGCAGAAGGCUCAUGUCACCACUCCAAAGGCAAACCGCCAGGUCCUCCAGGAGUGCCAGAAAGAACUAAUGCAACUGAAAAAGGAACUAGUGGAACGUCAGCCUCAAGUCAACUCCCUACAGGAGCUCUCCACCAGCCUUCUCGUUAAGGGGCAUGGAGAAGACUACAUUGAAGCUGAAGAGAAGGUCCAUGUCAUCCAGAAAAAACUCAAACAGUUACGAGAACAAGUAUCCCAAGAUUUAAUGUCCUUACGGGGAAGCCAGAACUCAGACCCAUCUCUGCUCAACUUUGAUGAGGUAGACUCCGGGGACCAGCCUUCUGCAGCAGCCAUGGCAGCUCCCCAAGCGAAGGUCAGAGCAGAGAGAACUUCAGAAGAUGAGAAUGAGACAGACAGCAGGAUGUCUGGCCCCGGCAGCUCACGGCCACAGCGCUCCUUCCUCUCCAGGGUGAUCAGGGCAGCACUGCCCUUACAGCUGCUCCUGCUGCUGCUGCUGCUCCUGGCCUGUCUGCUGCCCUCCUCCGAAGAGGACUACAGCUGCACCCAGGCCAACAACUUCGCCCGCUCUUUCUACCCCAUGCUGCGGUACACCAAUGGGCCUCCCCCGACCUAGAGGGCUCAGCCAGUCCCAGCACCAUAACACCAGCCUCUUUGCUAUGGGUGCCCAGCUUGUGGCCCCAGACCAAUGUGUGAGUGACUCUUAGCACUGGGAAUGUCCAGGGACCUGCCGUGGACACCCACCUCUGGGCUUGUCCAGAAUGGGCUCUUGGGGUUCCAGGGCAGCUUUCAAAUGAAGUCCUUCCUUGGGGACAGGGAACUGUUGCAGCAAUUACCCAGGGCAUUUGGGCAAAGCUAGUUGAUUAGUUGAGGGAACUCUGGAAAGGGCAGUUUUCCUAAGAGUCUCGCACUUUGUAAAUUCUGACUUAUUUGUAAAACAGCAUUAUUAUAACAUAGCUAACGUGGUCCAUGAGCAGUGGCAUUCAUCACAGAAUAUAUAUUAGAGAAACAAGCAGAUCCCACCUUAGAAAUGGUUCCAAAAUUCAUAUGCACCGAGCUGAUUGACUGAAACAAUCAUAUUUUAAAUGUUUAGAAUCAGUUUUCUUCCAAUCAGCUAGUGAUCUUGAGCUACCAGUUAUAAACCAAAAUGUUCAGCUCAGUACCUAGAUCUGCUCUUUUAUAUUGCUUUAAAUUUUUAAAGAAAUUUUAUUGCAUGGAUGUGGUUAUUUGUGCAUAUUUUUUAACAAUGCUGAAUCUAUGAAUAAUGUAAACUUGGAUUUUUUUAAAAAUCAGAUUUUAGCUUGAGCUUUUGACUAAUGUACAGUAAACGCCAAACUACAAACUUGAUAGGGAUGUUUUUGUAAGUUAAUUUUAUAAAAGUUUUCAAUGUUUAAAGAGAUGCUUCAGGUUUGGUUGAACCAUUUUGCCAGGGGGGCGGGGGUUGGUACAGAAACUUGAAGCUGUCUGUGGUAUGUACAACUCAGAUGUUUCUCAUUAAAAAAAAAAAAAUUAGCCAAA